AUGACGGAACCAACGUACGCCACUGCCGGAUAUAUCGUCCCGCCUCCACCUUGCGAGGGCUUUUUGUGCUAUUAUGAAUCUGGACAAGACUACUUUGCUUCGUCCGUCUUUUGGAAGCUGAUCAUCUCACUGUCGAUAAUCUCCGGCAUCAUCCUAAUAAUUUGCAUCGUCAUGAUCGUUACGAAUUGCAAGCGGAAAAGCAAACCAACGAAGGUGGAGGUCGAAAUUACGGAGCGUACCGUUCGGCGCCAUAAGCCGCGUGCA